AUGAGAAAUUAUGAAUUAUCAGAAGGGGACUUUAUUUUCAAUAAUAUAAUAAAUUCAAAUAAUAAUUUAAAAUGCUUAAAUAAAAAUUUAAAAAAGGAUAGUAAGAAUCUAGAAAUAAUGAAAAAUGACGAUCAUAUUGAUCAAGAUAAUGAACAUUUGGAACAAAAAUAUAAAAUAUCAAAUGAUGAUAAAAAUACAAUAAAUUAUCAAAAACUUAUAAGUGAGGAAAAUUAUAAAUUAUAUGAUAAUUUAUCUGUGAAAGAAUUAAGUGAUGAAGAAGUAAACUCAGAAAAUGAAUAUAAUAGAAAAAUAAAAAAAAAUAGAAAUAGUUCUUUAAAUAAUGAAAAAUUAAAUGAAUAUAAUGAAAAUUGUGAGAAAAUUUCUAAAGAAAAAUAUAAAAAAAAUCCCUUAGAUAAUGGUCAAAUUAAAGAUAACAUAAGUUAUAAUGUGAAUAUGAAUUCAUCAAAAAUUAUGUACAAUGUUGAUGAAUGGAUUUGCAAAUUAUUUAAAUGUGAAUUAUUGAAUAUUGAAGAAAUAAAAUUAAUGUGUGAACUUUUAAUAGAUAUAUUAAAAGAUGAAGAAAAUUGUGUUAAAGUAGAUGUUCCUGUAACUGUUGCAGGAGAUAUUCAUGGACAAUUUUACGAUCUUCUAGAAUUAUUUCAUAUUGGGGGUUUACCACCGGACGUUAAUUAUUUAUUUUUAGGAGAUUAUGUUGAUAGGGGUUAUUACUCUUGCGAAUGUUUUUGUUUAGUUGCUUGUUUUAAAAUAAAAUAUCCAAAAAGAGUAACAAUUUUAAGAGGAAAUCACGAGAGUAGACAAAUAACAAAAGUGUAUGGUUUUUAUGAUGAAUGUAUAAGGAAAUAUAAUAAUAAUUAUAAUGUGUGGAAAUAUUUAACAGAUGCAUUUGAUUACUUACCUUUAACAGCAAUUAUAAAUGAUGAAAUAUUUUGUGACCAUGGAGGUAUAUCACCAUAUUUACAUACAAUUGAUGAAAUAAAUGAAUUAGAUAGAUUUAAAGAAAUACCACAAGAUGGUGCAAUUUGUGAUUUAUUAUGGAGUGACCCAGCAGGUCCAGAAGAUGAAAUUAUGGAGGGAUGGAAACCAUCCCCAAGAGGUGCAGGUGUUUUAUUUAGUGAAGAAAAAACUAAUACAUUUUUACGUAUGAAUAAUUUGCGUUGUAUUUGUAGAGCACAUCAAUUAGUACAAGAUGGUUUUCAGUGGAUGCAUAAUGAUAAAGUUGUUACUGUUUUUAGUGCACCAAAUUACUGCUAUCGUUGUGGAAAUUCUGCAUCUUUAAUGCUUGUAGAUGAAUUCAUGGAAAAAGAUUUUGUAACAUUUAAUACUGCUCCCUUAAGAGCUAAUGCCCAAGCUUUGCGAAAAAAUGUAGACUAUAUGUUGUAA